UUUUAUUUCUUUCUUUUAGUUCUCACUCUCUCUAGUCAGUAAUCACACUCUGUCUGGUGGCCAUUGAAAGCUCAUCUUUCGGAGCUAUGGCUUUCCUCUUUUUGUGUUCUGCAGGAAACUUUUUCUCUGAGCUGUAAAAGAAAGAAAAUAUAUAAAGAAAAAAAAAAAAAGAAGAAACGCCCUCAUUUCCAAGCAGAACCUAUUCGCCGAGUGAUAAAUCCGCUUUUUCACGGGUUUUACGGAUUUUUUAACUUCUCUGAUCCAACUUUUUCCUUUUGCUCUUCUUCGUAGACCUGGACCUGUUCAGUUACAGCUUCUCUCACCGUUUCUCCUCUUUGUCUUCUUAAAAAUGAAGUCUUCGACUCGGCUCGACUCGGCUGUGUUUCAGCUAACGCCCACUCGAACCAGGUGUGAUUUGGUUAUAUCUGCAAAUGGGAAGGAAGAAAAAAUAGCUUCAGGUUUGCUGAAUCCAUUCCUUGCACACUUGAAGGCUGCACAAGAGCAGAUGGCAAAGGGAGGUUAUUCGAUUGUUCUAGAGCCGGAGUCUGGAAGUGACGACACAUGGUUUACAAAGGACACGAUCGAAAGGUUUGUUCGUUUUGUAAGCACUCCAGAGGUCUUAGAAAGGGUCUACACUCUCGAGUCAGAGAUCUUGCAAAUUGACGAGGCAAUUGUGAUUCAAGGCAACAAUGAUAUGGGGCUGACUACUGUAGAAGAUUAUCAAGCUAAACCUGGAGAAGUCAAUGAAGGUAGCAGGCCUGUGCUUGAUUCUAAUGAGGAUAAAGCAAUUGUCCUUUACAAACCUGCAGCAAAUCCAACUGAAGUGAAUGUAUCCACCACACAGGAGGGAAAUUCAAAGGUUCAACUUUUGAAAGUUCUGGAGACACGCAAAACUGUGCUGCAGAAAGAGCAAGGCAUGGCCUUUGCACGUGCUGUAGCUGCCGGUUUUGACAUUGAUCACAUGUCACCAUUGGUCUCAUUUGCUGAAUGCUUUGGAGCCUUGCGUUUAAUGGAUGCAUGUAUAAAGUUUAUGGAGUUAUGGAGAAGAAAGCAUGAAACUGGUCAGUGGCUUGAAAUCGAAGCAGCUGAAGCAAUGUCUAGCCGAUCAGACUUCUCUACCAUAAAUGCAUCAGGCAUUAUGCUAGCAAAUGUGGACAACAAGCCCAAAGACUAUGAGUUGGCUUUAGAAAAUAACGGGAAAGCUAGUGCCGUAAGUGCAGAUGACAAGCCUCCUGUGGAUCACAAAACACCAUCAGGGCAUCAAGAAUACUUUCAGGGGCAGUUUCCUCCUCAUAUGUUCCCUCCCUGGCCUGUUCAUUCUCCUCCUGGUGCUCCCCCACUCUAUCAAGCGUAUCCCAUGCAAGGCCUGCCAUAUUAUCAGAAUUAUCCAGGAAAUGGCCCAUUUUUUCAGCCACCGUAUCCAUCAGUGUCGGACCCUAGACUUAAUACUGAUCCAAGAAUGGGACACAGGAGGCAUUCUAUGGAUAGUAGGAACAGCAAUGCUGAAAUAGAAACUUGGGAGACGGAUGCUUUAAAAACAGUAUCACAAGAUGAAGUAGAGUUGGACAAGGAAGCUUUACAAACUCGAGAUUCGCGGAAGAAGGCUAGCCGAUCAGGUAAAAAGCAAUCAGGCAUGGUUGUCAUCCGGAACAUUAAUUACAUCACUUCAAAGAGGCAGAACUCUUCUGGUAGUGAAUCACAAUCAGCUUCUGACUCUGAAACUGAUGAAGGUGGAGAUUUACAGGCUAGUACUCUGGAGACAAGGCAUAUGGACUCCCAGAGAUCUUCCAAGAGAAAAGGAAGCCAUGCAAAAUCCAUGGAUAAAUGGAAUUCAUCUGACAAAGAAGAAAUGACUCAUGGUAAGGAUGUAGAUGGUGGACAUUGGCAAGCAUUUCAAAAUUAUUUACUGAGAGAUGCUGAUGAGGACAAACGUGCAGUUGACCAAGGCAUGUUUGCAAUGGAAAAGGAGGUUCAAGUGAAAAGGAGACAAAAUACUGUAGGUGAUGAUCCUUUAGUUUUUAGUGGGCAAGAAAAGGGUGAAACACAAGAAGAUAAUGUGAUGGACAUGCAUAAAUUUAGUGGAAACAUGACCUACAAGUCCAAGGCAUCAAAUGAUGAAUUGUUGAGCUCUAGAAGAGACGGUCGAUCUGGUGAUGGUAGAAGGCAUAUGGAUAUACAGUCUGCAGAAAUAGAUGGAAGACGAGGUGGAUAUAGGAGGGGUGGCAGUGAUGAUUUUAUGGUACAUAGACAAGGAGGCCAGUCUGGGUAUACAAAUUUGCCCUCGGAUGUACUUGUAAAUGGAUUUGAUCGUGUAGCCAAUAACUUGGACAGAAGAUCAUCACAUGAUAUGGAUGAUGAUUCUUACAUUGUUGCACUAAGGGAAAAUUCACUAGAUCAAGUUAGAAACAAUGUCAGAAAUGCUAUUGACAUGGAUUCUGAAUUCCCAUUGGCAUCUCAGUUGUCAGAGAACUCGUCUAAUAGAGUUGGGAGCCAAGUCAAUCAUGAGCCAGAUGAAUUGAGUUUGAUGCCUGAACGUGGAAUAGAAAAGGAGUCAAUUGGUUAUGACCCUGCUUUAGAUUAUGAAAUGCAGAUUCGUGUUCAAGAUGGUGCUUCUCUAGAUAAAAAAAAUAUGGAGGUGGAUGUCAAGCAAGGGUCUAAAAGGUUAAGCAACGACCGUAAAUCAAGACUUGUGCCAGAUAAUUUAGAUAAAAAGAAGACUGGGGGACCAAUAAGGAAAGGAAAACCUUCGAAGUCAAGUCCUUUGGAAGAAGCACGAGCACGUGCAGAGAGGCUAAGAACCUUCAAAGCUGAUCUUCAGAAAAUGAAGAAAGAGAAGGAAGACGAAGAGUUAAAACGAUUGGAAGCUUUAAAGAUAGAGAGACAAAAGAGAAUUGCUGCAAGAGGGAGUUCCAUCCCAGCUAAGUCACCACUUACGUCACAUCAAGCCAGGAAACCAUUGCCAACAAAACUUUCCCCAAGCUCUCACAAAGGAUCAAAGUUUAGUGACUCAGAACCAGGAUCAUCGUCACCUCUAAAAAGGUCCUCCAUCAGAACUGCCCUCGUAGCCAGUGAUUCUCAAGAAGCCUCUAAACCCAGCAGAUUAAGUACUGGAAGUCACUCGGUUGGAAAUAGGUUAAACCACACUGUGUCUCCACUGCCUGAACCAAAGAAAGAGAACAGCAGUGUUAUAGCUGAUUCUAAGGCAUCCCUGGCACGGAUUAGAAGAUUAUCUGAACCUAAAAUGGGUGGCAGCCAUCAUGGUACUUCAGUGAAGUCACAAAGUGCUGAAUCAGUAUCAAAGGCAAAGAUAUCUGUUGCGCCUGAGAGUAAGAAAAUAUCUGCAAUUAUGAAUCAUGAUAGAAGCAAAGCUGCAACCCUUCCAGAACUGAAAAUUAGGACAUCCAAAGGACCUGAUGUUGCCCAGAGCAAAUCAGGAGCGAAAGAUACGGCACAGAAGGUUAAUAGAAAUAAGUCUUCUACAACUUCAGAAGGUGCUGAAGUGAAGAGGAACCAUGAAAAUAAUUCUCAUCAUAGUGACGGAGAUGACAACCCAGUAAUUGAAAAGACGGUUCUGAUGCUAGAAUGUGAGAAGCCGUCCGUUCCCACUGCACAUGCAAAGGAAGGAAAUUUGGGGGCACAAAAUGGACAAUAUGAUAACUUUAAGAUAGGGAAGAAAGUUGAGUUGGUGUCUGAUUAUGCUGUUAUACGUGCUCCAGCUUCACCACUUAAGAUGGAUAAAAUUGAUGGAGAAUCUUCGGAACACCAAUCCCAAGGGCAACACACUUCUUUUGAGGUCACGACAAAAAAUGCAGACAAAGAACCUCCACAGUUUUUAAGCACCAGUAUUGCUAAAAAACCAUAUCUAGCCCCCUAUGCUCAGGUUUCUUCUUUGGAAGAUCGAUGUACUGGGAAUUCUGAGUAUGGCAGAACUCCACCAAGCUCGGAGAUUGUGACAACAGGCACAGAGUCUGUCACAGCACUCAUAUCUGAUUCUAGAAACUUGAGACUGGAAAAGAUUUCAGAAUCAUUGGAGAAACCUCAAGUAAAGGACUCGCCUAAAGGGCUUAGACGGCUGUUGAAGUUUGGAAGAAAGAAUCAUAGCUCAGCUACAGGGGAACGUAGUAUGGAAUUUGAUAAUGCCUGUGUCAAUGGAUCUGAGGCAGAUGAUGCUGGGCCAAACUCUGUUUCUACUAGUGAAGUACAUACAUUGAAGAAUUUGAUCUCUCAAGACGAAACGCCCACAGCUGGGUCUACUCAAAAGGGUCCUCGCUCUUUCUCCUUGUUAUCACCCUUCCGGGGCAAGACUAGCGAAAAGAAACUUGCAUCAUGAGAAGUGGAUCAUGUAUCUGAAGGUGAGGAACCAGUUUGUAAUUGUAUAUUUCGCACUAUCUGGAUUGUGAGUUUUACAAAAAUAAUUGUUGUAAUGUGAAAAAAAACAUAAUUAUUAGUCACGUUAUUGUCAAAAGGUCAUUGUACAUCACAUUCAUGUUUUAAAUGUUUGAAUGGUGAAUUAUUCUGGA